GACUUACCCCGCCACGGCCGACCGCGGGGCAGUCGUCGACUUUUGCCCGACCGUGGAUCAGCAAAACAGUCCACCCCACCACGAGCCGGACAACCACGGCGACGACCAUCACGAAUUCUUCGCUCGAGCUUCACACUUUCCACCGCUCGAUUCCUGUUCUACGGCCGCCAUUCGUUUGACCACCGUCCGCUGCAGCCCAGUCCAACCGCCAUCAUGUUCAAGAAAGAGAUGCAGAGCUCCCCGAAGCAGAAGCUCAAGUCGUCGGUGCAGCGCUCCCUGCGCUCGGCGCUGCUCGCCACGUACCCGCUCCUGACGCCGCACAUCGACGAGAUCCUGCCCAAGAAGGCGUCGCUCGCCAGCAUGAAGCUGCCCGACCGCAACACGCUGUACGUGCUCGACACGGUGCCGCUGUUCUUCCAGCACGACACCACCGACAUCAUCCCGCAUCUGCGCCUGGUGCACCGCUUCCCCCAGGCCUUCCCCACCAUCCGCAUCGACCGCGGCGCCAUCCGCUUCGUGCUGUCGGGCGCCACGCUCAUGGCCCCGGGCCUGACGAGCAAGGGCGGCCGCCUGCCGGCCGAGGGCGCCGCCAAGACCCUCGAGGAGGGCAAGGAGAUGGACCAGCACGUCGACGCCGAGGGCCGCUGGAGCCGCGAGCUGCUCAAGGGCGAGCCCGUCGUCGUCAUGGCCGAGGGCAAGGAGGAGGCCUGCGCCGUGGGCUUGCUGGUCGCGGGCACCGACGAGGUCAAGGCGAAGGGCAAGGGUCCCGUGAUUGAGGAGGCGCACUUUUUGGGCGACGGCAUGUGGAAUCUGAACACCGAUUAGAAAAGGGUUAUGGGAAUAGGCUCGCAUUUGUAUAUGUUGGGUGGGAGGGAAUAGAUGUCUUGAUACCAAAUACACAAUCGUCACGAUCAUGAGGCAAUGGUAGUUUUUCGACCUCUGGAAAAGGGAGAGAAAUAUCUAUAUAAUCACUUCGCCUGCCAA